UGUGGCACAUCAUAGUGAAGUUAUCUGAAAGUAAAGUAAUCAAUAAAAAUCAAUUAUGUACAUUGCGUUAGGUACACAAUAAUAUACACGUUGUACUUUAUUUGCAUACAAAUUAAGUGAGCUCCAUCAGGCUCCUUGAUAUAAAAGCAAUUGUUUCUUAAAACACUUCGUGGUUGGACAUUAUUUAUGGAUUUGGGUGGAGAAGAUACCAGUGUGGCAGAAAUGGGACCGUCGGACAGAAAAUCUGAAACAUCACGUCUUGUGGCUCCAAAUCCUGAAACCUCGCCAAGUUACUUGAAUAUUUUGUCAAAUAUAUGCGGUCUGGUAUUCCUGGGAAUCAUUUUAUAUUGUUGUUUUAAAGACGAUGUGACGCUGUUUUCGUUCCAUCCAACAUUAAUGACACUUGGGUGGAUGUUAUUCAUGACAUCGGCAAUGCACGCUCUUACUCCUGGCGAUCUUGCAACAGGCUGGAUGCCCAUACGAUUAAAGAGCGCUCGUCAUUGGAUUCUUCAAGUCUUGGCUGGUACUAUAAUAUUAACUGGAUUCAUUAUAAUUGUAACCAACAAAUUUAUUAAUGGUGCUAAUCACUUUACCAGCUAUCAUGGUAAAUUUGGAUUGGCAUCAUUCAUAUUCCUCUUGAUGACCAUGUUGGGAGGUUUAGGUGCUCUUAAUAGUUUGAAAUUAAAACAUUACCUGCCCCCAAUAUAUACUAAAUUGAUCCAUACAUCAGCUGGUCUACUGACAUUCUGUUUGGGGAUAACUACUAUUUUGCUGGGCUUCUUCUCAAACUGGUGGAAGAAGGAUAAUCCACAGUGGUUGACAAUUCUCUGCUUUGUUUUGGUGCUAAUGAGUAUGAUAGCCACAACAUUGAGGCCCAUUUUGAAAAUAUAUAUUCGUCUGCGGGAACGAUUAGACAUCCAAAAUUAAAUUUACCAAGACCAAAUUAAUUUAUAUUUUUGUAUAUCCAUUAUAUAAACCGCAGUGGUAUGUGAUAUUUUGUUAAACAAGUUGCAAAAACCAGCACAACUUAUUAUUUACUUGUCUUGAUUUUGUUCAUAGACUUGUAGUUGUUACUAUUCUUUUGUUGUAUAUUUUGUUACAUAAAAUAAGUCGAAUAUUGUUAUAAUUUUAUGGUGCUUGCUUUACUUAAUAUGCGGUUAUAAUAAUUGUUUGAACAUAUUUAGCUAACUAAUGCUUAUCUUGUAUCAACACUUGGUGUAUGGUAGAUAAUACUGUAAGAGAUGAAACAAUAAUAAUUUUAAUAUUUACUCUUGUUAUAUAAAAAUGAGAUGAUUUUAUUUUAUCUUAUAACUCUUGUACUUAUUAAUUUUUCGAAUAUAUUAUUUACACCUAUUCUAUUUACAAUUUUAAUGAUGUAGGAUAAUAAUUUUGUACAAUAUUUUAAAGAAUGAACUUCAGGAUGUCAAACAUUAUUUAGAUGUCCUGUAAAUAUACAUUUUCUGAUUAUACCUUUGUAUUUACAAUAUUUAUAUAACUUGUAAGCCAUCAAUAAUGUUAUGCUUUCUAUGUCUAAUGGGCACAAAUAUUUUAUUGUGAAUGAAUGUUUUAAGUGUAAUAAUAUUGUAGUUCAAUAAGUAUGUGUGUCCGAUGUAUGCUUAAACUUCUCUAUGUUAACAAACUUAUCAAGUGACAGAAUGAUUGCAUUAUUGUAAAAGUUACCUAUCAAUGGCUCUAACUAGACAUAGCUUUAGUAAUAAGAUCAUUCUCUGAAUGUCUCUGUAGCCAUGACUUUGAAAGAGAUUCAAGCAUAUUUGUUAGGAGCACAGGAAAAGCCAAAGGCAGAGAGCCAAUCCUGAGAGGCGAAGAGACUGAAAGUUCUGAGCUUAGGAAGUCACAAAGAACGAGAAUCCAAUAAUUUUUAUAAAAAGACACAAGGAAUGAUGAGAUCUGAUUUUUAAAUUAUACCUACUUCUUACUUCAUACAACUAUGUCUUCAUUAGUAAUGUAGACAAAAUAGUGCCAAAUAAUGAUCUCUAGAUGUGAUGUUGUCAUAUAAUAUUAAUAAUAUAAUGGAUUAUUAUUUGUUACAACAAGUUAAAAAAUAUGUUUACUAGAAGUGUGUAGAAUGUUUUCUGCUUAAUAUUCAUAUCAAAUAUCAAUGCAUAAUUGUCUAAAAUAUGUAUACCUAUAAAUAAACAAUUUGAAGUAGCAAGUAA